UUAAGGAGUAUUUUAUGAUAUUUUCUGUAUUUCAGCACUCAUGAGAAAGCCAUUGAUUUAGAGUAAUGUCUUUUUAUACUAAAUAGUUUGUGCUGCUUUUAUUUUCUGUAUCAGAGUCUGUUACUCAACACAAGAAAGCUGCCAACUCGGGUGUGGUCAACGUUCGUGAAGAAGCUGAGCGUAUAGAAAAAAAAAUUCAAGAAGAGAAAUCAAAAGAUUUUACCCCUGGGCGUAAAAACACUCAUCGAGAUCCCGCUAGAAACAACAAAGAUGUCACCCAGUUCAGAGAAACUACAAAGAAAACCAUCUCAGAGUGUGACCCUGCAGAUCCUGAGAAGAUGAAUGAUGUGCUGCCUGAAUCUGACAAAAAGGCAGAUGAGGAUGAAGAAUCAAUGACGUCUCCUGCAAAUGCUCCUCCUCCUGUUUCCUCUGAAAACCCUCCAUCUAAGGACGCUGAACACAAGGAAGACACCAACUCAGAUCAGGACGCUGGAGAAACUGAAGAGAAAAACAAUGAAAACCCCCAAAGUCCAGAUCAAGACAUGAAACAACAACAAUCUGAGCCAAAAACUGGAGGAGAGAAAUCAGCAGAUCGACCCCCUGUGCCUGAGAAACCAUUUAGAGACUCUACAAUCAGCAAAAAAUAUGUUGCCCAGCCCAGAGAACCUACAGAGAAAACAGUCUCAGAGUGUGACCCUGCAGAUCCUGAGAAGAUGAAUGAUGUGUUGCCUGGUGCGUUGAAUGACGAUAAGUCAGACAAAAAGCCAGAUGAUGAUAAAGAAUCAAUGACGUCUUCUGCAAAUACUCCUCCUGCUGUUUCCUCUGAAAACUCUCCAUCUCAGGAUGGUGAACACAAGGAAGACGUCAACUCAGAUCAAGGAAAAGAAUCCAGCGGGUUAGAUGAGGGGACCAGCCCUGAACAGAAAGGUGCAGAAGCAUAAAUGGUCCAUGAGCCAAAUUAAAAGUAAGCAGACAUGGAAACACACUCAGGAGAAGACGACCAGGAGGACAGACAUAAAAAAGUUUCUGAAGAUAAUGAACCAGAUGUUGACAAAGAAGAUGACAAAAAGGGAAAGAAUAUUCCUUUAGAAAACUCUCAGUAGCCUCAGAACCCAGUGACACCAAAACCAGACCACAUUACCACCAAUACCUGUCAAGAGCCCUCUCAGACUGAACAAGCAGACUCAGGAAGAGAAGAGGAAUAACAGUGAUUCACACAGCAGAACAGAGAAGGCAGACGAAGGUGAAGCUGUUGAUAAAAGUAAAGUUGAGUGUGAUGUGGUGAUGUGGUGUGUCACAUGCACGCAUGGGAAAGUGUGAAUUUAAUGAAAUGCUCUGUAUAUUAUGUGUUAACCGACUGGUGGUUAGCUGUAGUGGUGCUGUCAUUUAUAUUGUAGUUUAGUUUUCUGUUUGCCGUGUGUGCUACAGUAAAGCAGUAGCCAAUUUUCUGUUGUUUGCCAACUGGUACAGUGGUGCUACGUCUCUGUGUACAAAUCUCUGUUGACAUACGACACAUGUGGUAUCUAGCGCUCUAAUGCUCAUGGUUUGACUUUUUAACGGUUAAUCAUAUGGACUGAUGGAGCUUCAGGAGCUGUUCUACUACGAUACAAACAUGCUGAACGGUUGCAGUGCAGUCUGGGAUUUAUAGUAUCAAUGGAGCACACGCAAAAUACCUGGGGGGCAGUUCUGAUAGAUGAUACAAUACAAUUGGCCUUGAGUUUGAUGUGUGCCAUAGGAUGACAGAGUUCGACACAACUUAGCUGUCAGAGAGGAAGUACUCCUCCUGGCUGAACAAAACUGAUAUUGGUAAGUAUGUAAAAAAAAUAAAUAAAUAAUAAAAUGAGGACAAAAAUGAAAUGGAAAUGUUACUACUGCUUGUUCCUGCCGUAAUAUGAUAUGUGCUGGCUGUUCAUAGCCACUUUUUUAAUCUAUGCAGUUACCACUGGUUUGUUACUAUACAAAACUGUUACUGUUACUGUUAGGCCACUGUUACGGUUGUGAUUGUUUUCUUAUAAAUGCAUAAAUCUGGUUGUUCUAUAUUAAAAACUCUUUAUUACUAUUAAAUAAAUCACAUUUUUUUCACAAAUA